AUGAGCAAUUAUGCUGGCGUCGGUUUCGCUUCUGGGGACCUUUCUCAAGCAAGCUCUUGUUUUUCGCCAGCUUUUGUCGAGAAGGAGUCCUCUACUAUACCUAUGUUGCUCGCUGAUUAUAAUAUAUAUGUGUGUGUGUGUGUGUGUGUGUGUGUGUGUGUGAUAACCUUUUCUGUGCAGUUGAUUGAUCCAGUUGAUAAAACAGUAGACAGAGACCUCACCCUUGUAAAAGAGUUAGGGUUAAAGCUAAUUUAUGCUAUAAAUGCUCAUGUGCAUGCUGAUCAUGUGACAGGAACUGGAUUGAUAAAGACAAAGCUUCUUGACGUGAAAUCUAUUAUUGCAAAAGCUAGCAAUUCAAAAGCUGAUCUUCUCAUUCAAGCUGGUGAUAAAAUACAUUACGGCGAUUUGUUUCUGGAGGUUCGAGCUACCCCUGGGCAUACAUUAGGUUGUGUUACUUAUCUUACUGGAGAUGGGCCUGAUUAGCCACAACCAAAGAUGGUUUUUACUAGGGACGCUUUACUAAUACGGGGAUGUGGGAGAACUGAUUUUCAGGGCGGAAGUUCACAUCAACUUUAUCAGUCAGUGCAUUCACAGAUAUUCACCUUGCCCAAGGAUACUUUGAUCUAUCCUGCUCAUGAUUACAAGGGAUUCACUGUUAGUACUGUUGGAGAGGAAAUGCUGUACAAUCCCAGGCUAACCAAAGAUGAGGAAGCCUUUAAAACCAUCAUGGAAAAUCUGAAACUUCCGUAUCCUAAGAUGAUUGACAUAGCUGUUCCUGCUACUAUGGUCUGUGGUUUCCAAGAUCUGUCAGCAAACUAGAAAUAAUCAGAUAAAAUGGGCUUUGUUCAAGCCUUUGGUUUAUCAGUGGAGUAAUGAGAUAUUUCUGGGCACAUUCCUGUUGCAAUAAAAUUUCAGCUAUAUCUGAACUGAGAUACUGAGAUAAUUUGUACUGAGAUACUGCAACAAAGGUUGAUCAGCAGUAUCUUUGCUCCGUACGACUUUGUACAAUACCUCACUCGAGGACUGCAUCACCCUGCUGCCAAUGAAAUGAAAAGGCACAUCUUUUUUUAUUUUUAAUUUUUUUUUUAUGUAAUUAGCUUUUAUUCUGGUUGAUAAAAAACCUAUGUUGAAAGAUGGAACGGUUGGACAUAGAUUUGUUCUUACUAUUAUUUUCAGUGCAAUUAUUUAGGGCGCUGUGGAAUCAAGCAGUUCUGUUCCGAACCAAACUGCAAAAACUAUAAAUUUAAUUUUCAUUUUUUCUUAAA